AUGAAUGUUGAAGUAGCAGAAUAUUUCAAUUGUUCAUGUACUUUAUCUUCAUCAUGUCUUUUUCCUAUCGGUAUAAUCGAUGUCUCUGACAUUAAUUCAACACCUACUAGUAUCAUUAUCAGAGUUCCAAUUUUUUUUCUUGGUUGUUACCCAAUCGAUGGAUUAAUGAAAUCAACUUUAGAAUGUUUUUAUAAUUUAUCAUGUAUGCUUGAAUUAGAUAUAUUUGUUCUACAUUCUCCUGGAUAUUCUUUUAAUUUUUCAAAUUUAAAUAGAAAUCUUAAUUUACCAAAUGAAACAAUUGAAUUAAUUAUCAAUAGACUUAUGAUUGAUUCUUGGAACUUAAUUAUUUCAUUUUCUUCAUAUUUCAACACAUGUUCUCCAUUAACAUGUACAUAUGAAUAUAUUGAUCGAAAUAAUUUAUUCUUUACCAUAACAACAAUUCUUGGUAUUUUUGCUGGUUUAUCUCUUGGUUUAAAAUUAAUUAUUUUAAUUAUUCUUCGAUUUAUUGAGAAUAUAAUUGAUAAUCAUUCUUUAAAUGAAUUUAUAAUAAUGAUAAAAAGUUUAUUUGUUUGUAAUACUGAACAACGUAUGAUUCAUCGACUUCAUUUGAUUUUUCUUUUACUAACAUUAUUUUCAUUAUUUCUAUCUUCUGCUUUUCAAUCAAAAUCAAUUACAGUUCAUAUAAUAAAGCCAUCACUUUCAAAUUAUAAAGAUUUAUUAAAAGAUUAUUCUAAUUCUCUUCGAUGUUCUUGUUCACGAAUAUCAAUUCCAUAUGAAAAAUUUCUCCAUAUUAAACCUCAUUUUCAUGACAUAUGUUCAAGUCAAUUUAUUUCUGAUGAAUGGAUUCAUUACUUGUAUGGCGAAGGUAAUCUUUCUCUUCGAUUUUCAUUUGAUGAUUAUCGUUAUUCAGCUCCUGGACAAUUCCGUUCACUUUCUUCACUUUGUAAACUUACUCAAGAAAAAGUAAAUGAUACUCUUUCACAUUUACUCACAAGUUAUUAUAUUAAUUCUCAACUUCUAUCUGAAAUUCUUUUACUUGAACAAAUUGAAAUAAUUCUAAAUCAACUUCAAUCAACAGAAUUCAAAUCAUUUCUUAAUGUUUUUAAUUUAAUUCGUGAAAUACUUGGUUCAAAUAUGAUUAUGAGUGCAUGGAUUACGAAUUGGGAAUAUGUUUAUGAAAGUGAAUAUUUAUCUUCUGCACCUUUACAUACAGUACCUAUAAGUUAUGGUCCAUGUAAUUGUGGAUUCUCAUUUAAAUGCACUCAAUUAUCACAAGGUAUGAUGAGUGGUUGUUAUCCACUUGAAUCUAUUCUUCAAACAAAACUUUACUGUUUUUAUGAUCAAAAUUGUAUUGAUUCAAAUGGAAAUUUUAGAAGAUUAAAUAUAACAAUGUUGCAAAUAAGUCAAUUUAAUUUAAAUUCAACAAUUGAAUCAAUUUUAAAUAAUUUAAUGAUUGAAGAAUAUAAAAGUGAUAUAUCAUAUGAAAACUAUUUUAAUCAAUGUAAACCAUCAUCAUGUUCAUAUUCUUAUAUUAAAACCCAUGAUAUUACUCAAACAACAAUGUUUCUUGUUUCUCUUUAUGGUGGUUUAGUUCUUAUAACUCGUUGUUUAGCAGUUAUUUUUGCUAAAAUUUAUCAAUAUAGAAGAAAUCAAAUUGAUCCUGAAACACUUCAACAAAAUAUUUAA